GAUUUAUACCGAGGGACCAAGAUGGCGGCGCCCAGCGCUACGGUUGCUGCCGCUGCCCCGGAGAACGAGGAUGGCGAUUUGGAGAGCAAGACGAAGUCGCCGGCUAUCACGCCGCAGAAGAUACGGGAGCUGAUAGACGAGGGGAUCGCUCCGGAGGAAAGCAGCCCAGAAGGAAAGGAUUCGUCUGCUUUCACUGAAGUAGCAAAUGGAUCUCCCCAGAUCGACGAGCUGCCUUUUGAGGCCACCAGUAAAGAAGCCUACUUCAGCAGAGUGGAAACAUUUACCUCCCUCAAGUGGGCAGGCAAACCCCAUGAGUUGUCUCCUCUGAUUUGUGCCAAGUAUGGAUGGACCAAUAUCGAGUGUGAUAUGUUGAAGUGUGCCAGCUGCCAGGCCUACCUCUGUGCCAGUCUACAGCUGGCUUUCGACUUCAGCAAGUACAAAGAGAGGUGCGUGGAGCUGAGGAAGGCUUUGUCAGCGGCUCACGAGAAGUUCUGCUUCUGGCCUGACAGCCCCUGCCCAGAUCGCUUUUCUGUCUUGCUGGUCGACGAGCCCCUUGCCCUUUUCAGUGACUUCCUGGAGCGCUUCCAGAGCCUCUGCCAGUUAGAACUUCAGCUGCCCACUCUGAAAUCAGAAGAUCUCAAAAGCAUGGGCUUGACAGAAGAGAAGAUCAGCCACGUCCUGCAGCUGAUCGAGGAGGAAGCCGACUGCAAAACAGACAGUGAGAAGACGCCAGUCAAACGUGCCUCAGACCUUCAGGUCCAUGUCCCGGCCUGCAUCUUGGCCCUCUGUGGAUGGACUAGUAGCCCUUCCUCUGGAUCCAUCCAUCUCCCCUUGAUCACCUGCUGUCUCUGCAUGAGGAAGGUGGGCCUGUGGGGUUUCCACCAGAUUGAGUCGGCCAUCUCUGAGAUGGAGCCUCCCCCCAGCCUCACCAGCACUCCUCUCCCCUUUUUGGACGGGCGCACGGACAGAGUCCCCGCGGUGCCCACGUCCCCACGCCGGAUGAUGACCCGUAGCCAGGACACAAGCUUCCCUCUGGGCUUUGAGCAGCACGAGAAGAGCCCGUCCCCCGUGAUCAGUCGCAUGCGCAGCUGGGACAGCUCCAGCGAACGAGCCGAGGCGGAAGCAGCGAGCCCCACCACCCGCAGCAUGGGGCAAAGCGAUGGCAGUCUGGGGGCAGAGGUUUCCUGCAGCCCUCACCGGAGGGCCAAGCGGGCGCGACUGUGCUCCACCAGCAGCUCGGAUUCAUCUAUCCGGAGCUUCUUUGACCCCAUUUCCCAGCACCGCGACUGGUGCCCGUGGGUCAACGUGAUGAAGGAUCCUGUGAGCUCUGGAGGGACCCAACAGGAGGGGAAGGAAGACCUCGGCUGGCAGGUCACCCUGAAGGCCCUCCUGGCUUCUAGGCAGUCCGACAGGCCUGUGGAUGUGGAGUCCGAGAACCUCUCUGUGAAAUCCCGCAGGGUGUUCCGGAUUUUCCGGCAAUGGGAAGCUCCCUGUUCCUCCUGAGAACUUCUGGCCUUUGACAGCAUCGUGGAAAGGAACACCUGCUAAGCAUAAUGGGUGGAAUUCUCUCUCUCUCUCUCUUUGUUAUUAAUGGAAGAAGACUAUUAUUUGCACUGGUGGCAAGGCUGUCCCGGGAAACUUGCCUUCUCUCCAUACUUGUAGGCUGGAGUAAUCCUCAAGGGCAGCAACCGGUUAACAAUGGGAAGAAGACGCGUCAAUUGCAGCCACGGGGGGGGGGCAUCCUUUUCUAUGCCUUCUUAGGGUUUAUAUGAUGGUUUCCUGAAUCCUUUGCACUGGUUCCCAACUGCCUAGGGCGAUUCUCCAUCUCGGGUUGACCUGUGUUUCCCUGAUGUGCCCCUGGCUUGAAUUGAACUGGCUCCACCUGUGAGAGAAGAUGGGUGAGACGGCCCACUUUGCAUGUGGCAGAUUUGGGUACAUCUCAGCUACAGAAUUAAAUUGGUUUUGCAGUUGAGGCUCACUGCCGUCCUGCUGCAAGGGGUCCUGGGAACUGUAGUUCUGCAAGGGGCUUAGGGCUGUCUGACAAACCAUUCUCAGCCCCUGCACAAAAACUACAACUCCCUGCCAUCUUUUGGGUUUGGGGGGGGGUCAUGCUAUUUAAAUGACUUUAAAACCAGUUUAAGCUUGCAACGUGGAUGUGGCGCUCGUGUUGAGUGUUGUAUCCAGGCUGAGGUCUGGAGAACUUGACAUUAAUAAAACAUUUUGCUGUCUUUUUUUA